AUGAAGGAAAAUACGGGAAACCCUCUCCAUCUCAAGUCGUUGAAUCACAUCUCUCUUCUAUGUCGAUCCGUCGAGGAAUCCAUCAGCUUUUACCAGAAUGUUCUUGGAUUUCUCCGGAUUCGAAGACCUGGCUCUUUUGAUUUCGAUGGCGCUUGGUUGUUCGGUCAUGGGAUUGGAAUUCAUCUUCUGCAAUCUCCAGAACCUCAGAAAUUACUGAAGAAAACAGAGAUUAAUCCCAAAGAUAAUCACAUUUCUUUCCAGUGCGAAAGCAUGGAAGUGGUGGAGAAGAAGCUGAAAGAAAUGGAAAUAGAGUAUGUGAGAGCAGUGGUGGAAGAAGGAGGAAUCCAAGUGGACCAGCUCUUCUUCCACGACCCUGACGGCUUCAUGAUCGAGAUCUGCAAUUGCGACAGCCUCCCUGUCGUGCCUCUUGCAGGAGAGAUGGCUCGUUCAUGCUCUCGAGUCAAUAUCCACCAGCUCGUCCACCCAACUCAGAUCCACCCCUAG